GCCUCCAACUCCCUUCACCCACCAUCAUCGUCUAUCCUCACUCCUCCACGCCCGACUCUCUAUGUCUCUCCCACGGGUCUCACACCCCCUUUGCAGAUGGCAACGGGCAUCAUCACAGCUAGGGUCAUCUUGCCUAGCUCUACCAUCUACGCCGAACCACAGCCGCAGUCCCUCGUACAUCCAUAACAACACCCGCAGUUCCCCGAACAGAAACAGGCCAUUCCAUUCUUCCACCUCUCACAAUGCCGCCAGAUCACCAGCUGCUCGGCGAGUGGUCAACCACAGAUCGGAAUACGUACAUGCGGGAACACCUCUACGCUCUACUCCAGUCGGCGGAGACCUGAGGGUGCGCCUUAAAAACCUACAAGACAGGGCACCGCACCUAUGGGACUAUGCACGGUCUCAUGGAUCUCUGGAUCGCUCAAUCAAUCUGAGCACAUUCAAGAAAAUUGCAAUGGAAUUAGCUGGCCGUUCUAGUGCUGAGCCUCCAUCUGGGCUGGCAGUUCGAGGCAUUUCGAAAGAUGUCGAUACUGUCUUCCAAAUCUCCUUUGCCCUCGCCCCAGCCGACGAAGGUCUCCGAGAAUGGGCCCUUGCUGCAUGCGCCCACGCAGGUGCCAAAUUGCCUAUUCUUAUAACAGCAGGACGCUACCUCAAACGUGCGUCGACAGCGCCACCGCCCCGGAUUAAAUUUAUCCAAGAUCUGGAGAAAAUAGCCCUGGAAGACCGGGACCCGCGCGCCAUGGUUCUCUACGCCAAAGUCCUGGGCCUUCGCGAAAAGUUCCCCGAGGCGCUAGCGCUCAUGGAUGAGGUCAUGCAAAAAGUCUACCCGGUCAAGACGCAAUCGGCUGAUAAGGGGUUUUUCCUCGUCGGAAUCGACACUCCGUGGGAAAUCUACGCGUGGCUGAAGGAGAUAUCAGGCGAUAGUGCCGGGACGGACGAAAUAAUGAAGACCGCCGCGCUGGUGUAUCAGGACAAAGAGGCGCUGCUCAGUUACGCCCUGAUCAUGAUGCAAAAGGGUGAUUACGAGAUGUACGAAGAGUGCAUGAACAAGGCGGCCUCUGCUGGCAACGCGGAAGCAUGUCGGAAACUGGCCAAUUUCUACUACCUUACCUACCACGGGCGGUUUCCUCGUCGUGGCGAAAAAGUCCCCGAAAAGUCCACAGCAGAAGAUGCGCCCAAGGGCGGAGAAACGGGCACAGAGGAGAAAAAGGGCCUGCUUGACUACUUCUCCUCGAUGUUCCUUCGGAUUCGACCCCGUGCCGAAUAUCGCACCCUAGCCCUAAACUGGUACGAACUAUCCUUCAGCCAUGGCGACCACCAAUCAGCCCUGAUUCUCGCUUUGCUCCUGCGCGAGGAAGGCCAGAGGGAAGAUGGAUUCGGUUUCCUUGAAUUGGCCGAGCAGUCGUUGAAACUCCGAACCUUGACUCAAAGGUUCAAGCCUAAUUGGUUCGACCCUGAAUACGUCCCCAAAAUGCCCGUUCAGUUGUUGGAUGUUUGAUUAUGGGCAAGCAAGGUUGAUAUCGUGAUACCUAUGAACAAAAAAAAACCAAGAUAAUCGUGUAUAGUAGACUUUAACUUCUGUCUUAAGAUUUGCUGCGCGUUCUCCCCUGUUUUAUGAUGAUACCCCAUGCAGUUGCCAAAAUUGGAGAAGAAAAUUGUAAAAAGAAAGAGACGGGGGGUUCGCGUUUCCUCAUUGUAUAACAGUCAAUCUAUUUCGAAAGGGAAGCUGUUUCGGUUCCUCCAUUUCUAAAAUGAAAUGAAAUUUACUAAAUUAUUACGGUUCG